AUGUCCCUCUCUCCUUACCCACCUACACCCACACCCACACACCCAACCACCCAUCCACCCACCCACCCGCCCACCAUCACCCCCACGACGACGUGGCAGGUAGAGAGCACCGUGGCCCCUCUGCUCCUCAACCCGCGCUACGCCGCUGCUGUUGCUGUCGCCUUCCGCGGCGUGCUGCUUCCGCUGCUGCGCGCAGCCACGGCGCGAUGGCAGCAGGGGCGCGGAGGCACGGGGGAGGGGGCGCGGGAGAAGGGGAAAGCGGAGCACAGGAAGCAGGAGCAGGAGGAGGAGGAAGAGCAGGAGCAGGGAGAGAUAAGCCAGGGACAGGAAGGAAAGAAGGGGGAUUCGGAGGGUGCAGAUGGAAUGGAGUGGGAAGGGGAAGCAGGGGAGGGGAAACGUGCAUCAGAAGGAAAGCGGAGACGGCAGGUGAAAGCAGGGGAGAGGAGGGGCACACGGGCAGAAGGGCCAGAGAGCAGGGAGGACGAGGAGGAAGGGGAAGGGCGAGGCGAAAGAAGGGUGGAGGAGUAUGAGACGGUGUGUGAGGCGCUGAGCAUCGUUCUAGCCAUUGCCCCGCACAGCGUGAACCACCUCAGGCCGUUCUUCGCCGCCCACCCGCCUCCGUUCCUCAGACUCCUGCUGUGUGACGAUAACCAAGGGCCCAGUGCUGAGGAAACGGAGGAAGAGGUGGGGAGGCGGGGCGAGGAGGAGUGGGAGGAGGUGCGGUGGGUGGCACUGGAGAUAGUGUCUUUGGUGCUAUCGUUUGACGAGGCCACGCGCACUCGUGUGGGCUCCACUUUGUGUGCUCUCACCGCCACACACCGCGCUCACUUUCAUUUCCGGGCGCAGACGUCCCAAAAGUUGUCCUGUGGCGUGGGCCCUGCUCUGCUUGCAGGACAGGGCGCAUGGGCGUGUGUGCGUGGAGUACAGGGCGCAUGGGCGUGUGUGCAUGCAGGACACGCAAGCCUUGUGUUCUCUCUCUCACCGCAUGCGUUUGCCCCCCUGCUUGGCCCUGCGACCUGUGGCAGUGUGGCCUCUGUGUGCGGUCCAUCCAUCCCGAUUCCCGUGCAUCCGUGCACUGCCUUCUCUUUCCCCCAUUCCACGCUGUUCCCCUGCUUCUUCCUCAACUCAACCCCUCUCCCUCAUCUCUCCUCCCUCGUCCCCUUGUCUCUCCAGCUGGCGUCAGCUGGCCACACAUGUGGAGGCAGAGCGGGCGCCCAUGUUCCUGCUUUCCCCUCUCCAAUCUCCAGCCAUCUGAGGCGCUUAAUAAACAGACUCCCUCACCUCUCCCCCAUUCAUACCUUCCCCUCGCCAGAUGGCGUCAGCUGGCCACACAUGUGGAGGCAGAGCGGGCGCCCAUGUUCCUGCUUUCCCCUCUCCAAUCUCCAGCCAUCUGAGGCGCUUAAUAAACAGACUCCCUCACCUCUCCCCCAUUCAUACCUUCCCCUCGCCAGAUGGCGUCAGCUGGCCACACAUGUGGAGGCGGAGCGGGCGCCCAUGUUCCUGCUCUCACCUCUCCAAUCCGCCUCACUGCAAGCCACCAUCAGCAAUACCGAUGCCUCUGCCACACCAGCCACUGAUCCCAGCGGUGCCUCUGCUUCUCCCUCCCCGCUUUCACCGCUUCAAGCCCCUGUGCUGACCACCUCGGGUGCUGGUUUCUCCUUUGACGGGGGCGGCGGCAGGGGUGAGGGAGAGGGGGCGAGUGGAGGAGGGGGAGGGGGAGCGGGAGUGCUGACGGCCAGUAGCACGUCGCGGUUCAACACGGUUGCUGUGCUUGGAGUGGACCUGCCUCAGCGCCCUGUUGGCAGAACCGCAUCGUCCUCCCCACUAGCUUCUCCACGUCUGGUGGGAACAGCCACGGCGCGCAGCAACCUGCAGUCGCUCGUGCUCUCGCUGUGCCAGCACCAGCCGCUGCUGCUCGCAGGGCCCGUGGGCAGUGGCAAGACGGCUCUCGUGGACUUUCUUGCCCACUGCACUCGGAAUUAUGACAUGGUGCGAGUGCACAUGGACGAUCAGAUGGACGGCAACACACCUUCGAAAAGUCUCAAAAGCUUCCUCUGCCCCGGCUUCCCCCCUCUUUCCCCCUCUUCCCCCCUCUCCCCACUUCCCCAACUCGUCCCGCCCACAGACAUGGUGCGAGUGCACAUGGACGAUCAGAUGGACGGCAAGACGCUGCUCGGCUCCUACGUGUGCACGGACGUCCCUGGGGAGUUCGAGUGGCGCCCUGGGGUCCUCACGCUUGCAGCAGCACGGGGCCUGUGGGUGCUAUUGGAGAACAUCUCAGGGGCACCGUUCGACCUGCUGUCCUCGCUGCUGCCACUGCUGCAGGACCGCUGCCUGCACCUGCCUGGUCACUCGCAGCCCCUGCAAGCCGCGGACGGCUUUCAAAUCUUUGCCACCAAGGCCGUUGCUGCGUCCUCGUCCUUGCGCUCAUCAGCGGCGUCUGGGGUGGACUCGCUACUGGCGUCUCACUUCCACACAGUGCACAUCCACCCACCACACGCCUCUGAGCUGCCCACCAUUCUCACCUCCUCCUUUCCCUCGCUCUCCGCCCUCGCCCCCACUCUCCUUGACCUGGUUGAAGCCGUAGGGAGGGUAGCAUCCGGCAUGCCUCUGUCCUCGUCCCUCCUCCAGCACCAACAGCACCAGCAGCAGCUGGCAGCAUCUGUUGCUGACGCUGUCACGUCAGGAGGAAUAUCCGUCCGAUACAGCCGCCAGGUUUCUCUCAGGGACACCAUGAAGAUAGCUCUCCGUCUGCACUCCCUGCCACUCCCCACCUCCAUCCCCACUCAACCCACGCCCACAAUGACCCUCCCACUCACUGUUCGCGAGCGUAUUUACUUUGAGGUGGUGGAUUGCCUGGUGGCGUGUGUUGCGAGUGCAGAGCAGCGCUGUGCGCUCAUGGCACAUCUCGCCCUGCUCUGUGGCCUACCCACUGACUAUGCACUGCAGCUGCACUCGCUGUACCAGCCCACCGUGCAUGCUUCCUCCUUGGAGCUUCGAGUGGGCAGGGCUCUCAUUCCUCUGCGCCUGCACCAGGCUAAUGACAGCAGCGAGGGGAACAGCAUGGCGUUUGCAGCGACAGGGGCGGUGCUGCGGCUGAUGGAGCGCGUGGCGGUGUGUGUGGGGCAGCGCGAGCCCGUGCUGCUGGUGGGGGAGACGGGCACAGGGAAAACCACCACCGUGCAGCACCUGGCUCGCAUGGCAGGCCGAGGCAUCUCCGUCAUCAACAUGAGUCAGCACAGUGACAGUGCGGACUUCCUGGGGGGUUUCAAGCCCGUGGAGCAGCGUGUGGUGUGCCUGGCACUCUACCACUCCUUCACCUCGCUCUUCUCCAACACCUUCCCCUCCCAGUGCAAUGCGGAGUUCCUGCUGCGGCUCAGUCGACUGGCAGCCAAGGGCAAGUGGCCGCUGCUGCUCUCUGCCUUCCGCUCCACCGCUCUCAAGGUCGCUCACCUGCUCGCCCCCCCAGCGUCCCCUGCUGCUCACACGGACGCUCGUGCACCUGCCUCCACCGCUGCUCCUUCUCCUGCUGCGGCUGCUGGUACUGCUGCUGCUUCUGGUGCGGACAGUGCUGCUGGUGGUGCUACUGGCAGCGGGAGUGGUGAUGUUGGUGGUGGUUCGGAGUCAGGGAAGCUGGAGCGCAGUGCCAAGAGGACCAAGAGGCUCGAUGGCGAGCUGGCGCAAGCAUGGGCGCGCUUCUCAACAGACCUUGCACGUGCGGAACGCCAGGUGGCAGCAGCAGAGGCGUCCUUCGCAUUCAUGUUUGUGGAGGGCGCGCUGGUGCGCGCGCUCAGGGAGGGCCACUGGCUGCUCAUGGAUGAAAUCAACCUCGCCCCGCCUGAGACGCUGGAGCGGCUGAGCGGCGUGCUGGAGGGGGAUGCAGGGUCGCUUGCGAUCACCGAGCGAGGGGAUAUUGAAGCGGUUCCCCGGCACCCAGACUUUCGUCUGUUUGCAGCAAUGAAUCCAGCCACGGACGUGGGCAAGAGGGACCUGCCACCCGCCAUCCGCUCGCGCUUCACAGAGCUGUUUGUGGACGAGAUCACCAGCCGCCAGGAGCUGGGCAUUAUUGUCUUCAAGUAUCUGGAGGGCCUGCUGCCGUCCCCUCCUGUGGACGACAUAGUUGACUUCUACCUGGCUGCCAGACAGGAGGCCGAGGUGUCGCUGUUUGACGGGGCGAACCAGCGGCCGCAGUAUACGCUGCGCACUCUGGCGCGCGCGCUGGAGUACGUGCGCGUGGCUCUGCCCCUCUACGGCUUCCACCGCUCGCUCUACGAUGGCGCCGCCAUGUGCUUCCUCACCCUGCUCGAUCGCACCUGUGCGCCCACCAUGGAGGCCUUGAUCCACCGCCACCUCCUCAAGUCUGCGCCGCCACUAAAAGUCUUACUUAGAGCGCCGCCCAGACCGGGCGGCAAGUACGAGCUGUUUGAGCAGUUCUGGGUGGAACGAGGGCCGGAGAAGGGCGGGGAUGAGGACGAGGAGGAGGGGCAGGGGAGUGAGGGGGGGUCGAGUGCUGGUGCAGGGAAGAAGGGUGAGAAGAUGAAUGGUGGUGCUGGUGGUGCGAGUGGUGCUGCUGGUACUGCUGGUGCUGCUGCUGGUGCUGGUGCAGGGGCGAUGGAGACAGAGAGUGGAGAGGCGGCGGCGGAAGGGAGGGUGAGGGCGGAGGAGUUUGUGUCGACGCCGAGUGUGAGGGCGCACUUGAAGAACUUGGCGCGUGCUGUGCUCGUUCGCAAGUACCCCAUCCUGCUGCAGGGCCCCACAUCCAGUGGCAAGACCAGUCUAGUGGAGUACUUAGCUAAGCGCACGGGCCACCGCUUUGUGCGCAUCAGCAACCACGAGCACACAGACCUGCAGGAGUACCUAGGCACAUACAUCACAGACAAGUCUGGCCGCCUCAAGUUCCAGGAAGGCCCGUUGGUGCAGGCAGUGAGAAGGGGCCACUGGAUAGUUCUCGAUGAGCUCAACCUGGCACCAUCCGACGUGUUGGAGGCACUCAAUCGCCUGCUGGACGACAACCGCCAGCUCUUUGUGCCCGAGCUGCAGGAGACAGUAUCGCCGCAUCCGCACUUCAUGCUCUUCGCCACUCAGAACCCUCCAGGCCUCUACGGAGGUCGCAAGGUGCUGUCCCGGGCAUUUCGCAACCGCUUCCUGGAGCUCCAUGUGGAUGACAUUCCGCACAACGAGCUUGCUCUAAUUGUUGAGAGGCGCUGCCUCAUCCCCGCCAGCUAUGCAGCGAAGAUGGUGGAGGUGAUGAAAGACUUGCAGCGGCACCGGCAGUCAUCAGCUGUGUUUGCAGGCAAGCACGGGUUCAUCACGCCAAGAGACCUCUUCCGAUGGGCCAACCGCCAUGCACACGGAUAUGAGGAGCUGGCACAGGACGGCUUCUACCUGCUGGGCGAGAGGCUGAGGGAUGAGCCGGAGAAGGAGCUGGUGGUGCAGACUCUGAGGAAGAGGCUCAAGGCGGAAGUUGACAGUGCCUCGCUGCACCAGGUCGACCCAUCCACGCAGCAGCAGCUGGCUCGCAUGCUGUCAGAUUCGCACAGGGGCUAUGCCCUUGACAACUCCUCCUCCCCGCCCACUCACAUCCCACUGGAUCCACACGUGGAAGCCCUUGCAUCUCUGGGGGGCAGUGUCGUGUGGACGAGAGCCAUGACGCGCCUCUUUAACCUCGUGCUGCGCUGCCUGCGCCACGGGGAGCCGGUGCUGCUGGUGGGGGAGACGGGCGGGGGGAAGACGACCGUGGGGCAGCUCGCAGCAGCAGCGUGCGGGCAGACACUGCGGAUUAUCAACUGCCACCAGCACUCUGACGCCUCUGACUUCAUUGGGGGGUAUCGCCCUACAAGGGACAGAGAGCCUCUGCAGCAGCAGUACGCAGUAACCACUGGAAAAUUACAGCACCUGCUCUCUGCUCUGCCCACUGGAGAGGCAGCUACCGUGGAGCCCCGAGAGGAAGCAGCAGCAGGAGCAGAGGAAGCAGCAAAGAAGGAAUUUGAUGGAGAGACAGGGGACGGCAGAUUGGAGGGGGGAUUGAAGGCAGAGCUUCUAGCAGGGCUUGAGGAGCUGUCAGAGGAGAUUGAGCAGGAGCCCAAGACUGCAGCAUCAAUCCGCACAAUGGUUUCGAGACUAAAGGCCAAAAAGCAGGCUGCAACUGAGGCAGGUGCAGCUGCUGCAGUGAAAGCUACAGAAGAAGGCACCGCUGCUGCAGCGGCAGCGGCGGCAGCGGAAGCAGAAGCAGGAGGGAGGGUCUCCACGAAAAAGCAGCGGAAAAAGGCCAUGAAAAAGGCUGCCAAGGCAGAGGCUGCAGCGAUCGCGAAAGCAGCGGCGGCAGCAGCAGCGGAAGCCACGGUAGCUGCGGGAUGGAAUGAUGCAACGCAGCAGACACUGGAGGAGCUAGAGGGGCUGCUGGAGGAAUUGGAGGAGGUGGGGGGGCACUGGAGGGCGCUGUUUGAGUGGGUGGAUGGGCCGCUGGUGCGCGCCAUGCGGUGCGGCGAUGUGGUGAUGCUGGAUGAGAUUUCGCUGGCAGAUGAUAGUGUGCUAGAGAGGCUUAACAGCGUGCUGGAGACCAAGCGGACACUGGUGCUGGCAGAGAAGGGAGGGCCAGAGGCAGAGCACAUAGUGGCACACCCAGACUUCCGCCUCAUAGCCACCAUGAACCCGGGAGGCGACUACGGCAAGAAGGAGCUGUCCCCUGCGCUGCGCAACCGCUUCACUGAGGUGUGGGUGCCGCCCAACAAGGACAUUGACGAUCUCACGGCCAUCGUUGCUGACCGCUUCCCGUCUCCCUACCUGGCGGAUCUUGCGGGCCCCAUGCUCAAAUUUUGGCAGUGGUUUGAAGCCGAGGGCGAUGCAGGCACAGUGCUGUCAGUGCGAGACCUGCUCUCCUGGGCGGCCUUCGUCAACGCCACUGCUCACCUCACUCCACAGCAGCAGCAGCAGCAGCAGCAGGAUGAACCGGACGAGGGGAAACCCGCAGCCAGCGAGGAGGAGAAAAGGCCCGCAGCAGGCGAAGGUGUGCGCAUAGACAAGUGGACGGCGUUUCUCCACGGGGCGUUCUUGGUGUUUCUGGAUGGCGUGGGGAUUGGUCAAGGGCUGCCAGAGGACGCGGCUCAGACUGAGGCCAAGGCAGCCGGCAUGCAAGUGGGCGUGCAGAGCAAGCUGAUAACAGAAGCACCUCCUUCAGACCCCACUGCUCCAUCCGCUCACGCUGUUCUGAAGCUGAGCCUGACAGACGUGCAGCGAGUGUUUGGCUUCUACCCCUUCUACAUCCCACGAGGCCCGUGUGCCACAGACACUUCGGUGCCGUUUGAGCUGACAGCGCCCACCACUAACGCCAAUGUCGUUCGCCUGCUCAGAGCCAUGCAGAUCCGCAAGCCAGUGCUAUUGGAGGGCAGUCCAGGUGUGGGCAAGACCAGUCUGGUGGCGGCUCUGGCAGCAGCAGCAGGCCACCGCCUCGUGCGAAUCAACCUGUCGGAGCAGACAGACAUGAUGGAUCUGCUGGGGUCAGACCUGCCAGUGGAGGGCGGCAAAGGGGGCGAAUUCCGGUGGGCCGACGGGGUCUUCCUGCAGGCCUUGAAGGCGGGCGACUGGGUGCUGCUAGACGAGCUGAACCUGGCGUCUCAAUCCAUCCUGGAGGGACUCAACAGCUGCCUGGAUCACCGAGCAGAUGUCUUUCUGCCCGACCUCAACCGCACCUUCCACUGCCCGCCCUCCUUCCGCAUCUUUGCGGCUCAGAACCCCCUGCAGCAGGGCGGGGGCCGCAAGGGCCUUCCGAAGUCCUUCCUCAAUCGCUUCUCCAAGGUGUACGUGCAAGCCCUGGAGUCAGACGAUUUCAUAUUCAUCGCAUCAGCGCUCUUCCCAUCAGUGCCCCUCUCUCUACUCCACAAAAUGGUGGAUUUCAACACACAGCUGCGCACGCACGCCCUCUCCCGCACCUCCUCCUUCGGCAUGGCUGCUAGCGGCGCCGGGGGACCCCUCUGGGAGUUCAACCUGCGAGAUGUGCUGCGCUGGUGCGAGCUCAUAUGCUCUCCGGGAGCAGCAGGGAAACAGGAACAGGAGGGGGGCAAAGAGCGGGAGGAGGAGGGGGGGGAAGGUGGGGAGGGAAAGAACCAGCAGUUGCAGCGGCAGGGGCAGUGGCGCCAGCAGGUGCAGCAUCCGGGGCGGUUCGUGAAUCUGCUCUACAUUCAGCGGUUGAGGUCAGCGAGUGAGCGGCGCUUUUCGGCUGUAGCGGCUGUAGCACACAACUGGAUGGUGAUUCUCGUGGGGCCCGCAGCCUCGGGCAAAACCUCUCUCGUCCGCCAGCUGGCACAGCUGGCAGGGAGGCGGCUGCGGGAGAUGCCGCUGACGUCAGCUACGGAUACAACUGACCUGCUGGGGUGUUUUGAGCAGAGGGAUGGCAGGCGCCAACUGGGGGAGGUGGAGAGGCGGGUGGAGGGGCUUGUGAGGGAGGUGGCUGCUGCCGUGCUUGCUAGCGGUGCUGGUAGUGGUGGUGGUGGUGUUGGUGGUGGUGGUGGCGAGAUGGUGAGUGAGGUGGGGGUAUUGACCAGUGAAUGGUGGCAGUACUGGCAGCAGGCGAAGGAGAGGGAUGGGCUGAAUUUGGGUAAGACAGACAAGGCCGAAGGAGGAGAGGAAGGAGGGAGUGAGAGUGGAGGAGGGAGAGGAGCGGGCAGUGCUGAUGCCGCUGCUUGUGAUGCAAGUGGUAUGGCCCUUCAGGCGAAGGAAACUCUUGCUGCACAGUUGGCGCAGUUUGAUUGGCUGCUGAGGAUAGUUGGGAAGGCCCGGAGCAUGCUGGUGGGAUUAGAGGGAGCAGCAUGUGGGGGUGAAGGGAGGAGGGGAGAUGAGAGAAGUGAAGAUGAGGCAGGGAAGGAUGGAGGAGAGGAAAUGGAAGAAGGGGAAGAAGUGGAGGAAGAAGGGGAUGCAGCAACAGUAGCAGCAGCAGAAUCAGGAGGAGGAGGAGACAUGGCGAAAGCAAACGGCCCUGUGUCCAUUUUGGUGGCUGCAGCAGACAGCCUAGCAGGAGCAGUGAGAGAGGCGCGGGGGGUGUGUGAGGAGGAGGGCAUGGCGCGGGCAGCAGGGCACUUUGAGUGGGUGGAGGGGCCGCUGGUGGAAGCAGUUGUGCAGGGCGACUGGGCUGUGCUUGAUAACGCCAACUUCUGCAACCCCUCGGUACUGGAUCGUCUGAACCCGCUAGUGGAGCCACACGGGCACCUGCUGGUGAACGAGCGGGGCUUGGUGGACGGCAAGCCUGUGCUGCUGCGCCCGCACCCUCACUUCCGCCUCUUCCUCUGCCUCGACCCGCACUACGGCGAGGUCUCCCGCGCCAUGCGCAACCGUGGAGUUGAGAUUUUCCUCAUGCCCCCGGACUGGCCCUGCCCUGCCGUGCCGCCGCUGCUUCCGGCUCCUCGCGCUGGUUCUUUUGGGUCGGAGGUUUCUGCUGUGGCAGGUGCUAGUGCGGGGGGCCAUGGUUUGUUGGAUCGAGUGGUGGUGGAUUCAGGGUUUGGGGAUGGCUCUGCCGGGAUGGAAGGAGGGCUGGGAGAACACGCCCAUAUAAAGAUUCAAAGGGGUGAGGUGGGCGUGAGCACUGGCAGGCAGGAUGGGGACCCGUGCCGGGAAGGAGCAGGGAGUGGGGAGGAGAAGGAUCCAGCGGUUGAGAUUCUCUCUCUUUUGGAUCCUUCCGCUUGGAUCGCCGGUCGUCACCAGCGCCUGCCUGAGAAGCUCAUCUCAACCGUCCAUCUGAUCAUCAGAUCAGGGAUCGCUGGCCCUCGGUUGGUGGCCUGCAUUCUCCUUGCCCUUCUGCGCAUCCAAUCACUGGCUGCCACGUGGAAGCUUCCUGGUGGAGGCAUUGUAGGUGGGGGGAGAAAGGGGUCAGAAACAGCAGCAGGAGCAGAAGCAGCAGCAGUAGCAGCAGAGGCAACCAUGCCGCCAGCAGCAGUGGCAGCAGCAGUAGAGGCGUCUCAGAACUACGGGGCGUGCCCCACACUAAGGGAAGUGAAUCACCUGCUGCGCCUGUUGAUCGAGCUGGUGACUCGGGGAAAACCUGUGGCGGUGGCUCUGGUGACAGCAUGGGACCAGACGUUUGUGCGGCGAUUGCAGGAUGAGGAGCGGAGGGAGCAGGCCGGCCGGGUCAUUCGAGACGCUCUGAGAUGGGCUUGUGAUGCCCCUGACCCUGUUCCAGUUGAUGGUGCUGCUGGUGGUGGUGCUGGCGAUGCUGCUGGUGCUACCACAAACACUGCCUCACUCUCCCCUACUCCCGUCCCCCCCUUCGACUCUGCCUCUCUCGUCCUGCCUGGUGGCUGGCCCAUGGCACCACUGCCCCUACCACUAGCCAUACUCCACACCAUGCCGUCUCGCCUGCAUGCUGACAUAUCCCCGCUCAUUGCCAUUCUCGGCCAACUCACCUCCUCAGAGCUGCUCUCCCAUUGGGACAGAAUCCUCUCCCGGCAAGACCUUCCAAUCGGCACGCGCCACGUGGCGGCGCGUGAUUGGGCCUUGCAGCUGCCAGCACAGGUGCGGCUAUGGCUGCCCGCGUCAUGUCUAGCCGUGCUAUCUCAACAAGGCAAGGACCAGGAAAACGAAGCUAGCGCUAUGGUGGCUGCAGCAGGUGUGUCGGCGGCACGUGCACAUGCACGGGGAUCAGUGCUGCUGCGUCUGCUACUGGAGCUGUUUCUAGAUCGGAUUAUGUCCCUUGAAGACCUGAAUCUCCGCCUGUCUCUCGCUCGCUCACACUCCUCUGGCCCUGCUGCCGCUGCUACUGGCACCAGCAACACUGCAACAGCAGCGGGUGCAGAGCUCAAUCGACUGAUCGACUCCCUGUCUUCCCUACCCCUGCACCGCUGUCUCUCCGACCUCUCAGCCACACGCUCAGAGCUGCUCGCUGCUCUCUCCGUGCCUGCACCUCUUGCUGCCUCUUUGCCUCUGGAUGUAUCUGUUUCUCCUCAAGUGGCCGCUUUGGUGGCUGAUGCCUCUAGCACAGCUCUGCACAGCGUGCCUGGGAGGUUCGGGAGUGGAAUGGACGAGGGUGUGGGUUCAGGAGGCGGCGCUAUGCAGCUGGAUGGUGAAAUAGGAGUGUCGCCUGCAGUGUUGUGGCAAAAUGCGUCUUCUGCAGCCAAUAGAGUGAGAGCGCUCCGCCGGUGCCUGUUACAGUGGUCACUAGAGGACGAAAUGAGCCAGAGGGCGCUGCUGGCCCAGGAAGCUUCCGCACAGUCAACUGCGUUUGGCUGCUCUCUCCUGCAUUUCUCCGGUGUGCCUGAACUACAACAGAGGGCGAACCAGAUACUUGCAGCAUCAGUAACAGCAGCCAAUAAUGCGAGUGGAGGAGGGGAUGGAAGGUCUAGGGGUCUGUUGCUAGUGGCUCCCUUCCUCUCUGCUCUUCGCCAGGUGGAAACAGCACUGCUGGAUUGCCCUCCCCCGCUCGCUCAUGCGCUGUGGGCUGCGGUAGCGGCGAAAGGACAGGGACCAGAGGAAGCGGGAAAAUUAAAGGGGGUGGAGGGAGAGGAGGCAUUUUUAUCCGCGUUUGGAGUGGUGAUGGAGUGGCAUGAGUCGCUGUGGGAGUGUGUGCGGGUGCUGCAGACAGCAGUUCCGUUUGACCGCCUCGUCUUUGUGUGGCACAAGCUGUGCUCUGCUGCUCUUCGCAUGGCCAAGGCUGCAGCUAGAGCAGCAGCAGCAGCGUCGGCGGCGGCGGCAGCGGUAUCAGGAAAGGCAGAUGAUGAGCUAGCAGCUGUGCGGGCUGUUGAAAUGGCCUGGCAGCAACUAUGCACCACCAUGGCAUCCCUCAACAGCGCCUUUGCGUCCCCCAUCGCCCCACAACAAGCAACCCUUGCCACCACAGCAGCAACCACUGCUGCUAGUGCUCACCCUCACCCCGCUCUCCUUGCGUCUCUACUAGCUGAGCAAGCUGUGUCAGCAGCAGCCAGCACAGAGCAGGACAGGAUGGGGAAGAGGUCCCUAUGGAAGGAGGCAGGGCACCCGCUGCUGCCUGCGUCCCUGGCAGUGCUGCAAAAGGAUGCGGCUCUUGCCUCUGUGGUGGACUCGUGGGUGCUCGCUCCUGCGCCCACCGCAGGAACAGGGCACGGGGAGGUGGAGAGCUUCAAGGCCGAUGACCAAUGGGAGUCUGCCACGUGGCCCAUGGCUGUGGACCCGUCCUUGCGGCGCAGAGCGGUGGAGGCGCUAGGGCUUCUGCGACAAAUCACAAUGCGACAGCGAGGCAUGGCCACACACGCUGGCAGACACACACGCAGCAGCAGUAAUUACAGCCCAGAUGAUGCAGAUACCACUGCGGCUGAUCUCAUGAUGGCACUACAAGAGGAAGCACAGCAGGCCAGGGCAGUUGCCUCUCAACCCCUAGGCCCUUGUGACCUCAUUCCCACCCUCCCUCGCACCACAACAACCACCACCACCGCCGCCGCCACCACAGCCGCAACAGCUGCUGCUUCCCUUUCAGAGCUAUCAGCCGAUGAGCCAGCUGCCUUCGCCCCGCCUCCUCCUGCGCGUCUCUUCUCAAGUGCGCUCAUGAGGUGGCCUGGGGUGCGGCAGCUGUGGCUGGCGGUUCUGCCUCUCCUCUCCACCUCCUCCCAUCUCCUCGCCUCCUCGCUUGUGGCCCGCCUCGCGCCACUGCUCCUCCCGGGGACAGAUGGCAAGCUGUCAUUGAUGGCCCUGAGCCAGGCCUCCUCCUCUGCAGCAGUCACCUCUCUCUUUCAAAGGCUCCUGCUAGAGUCCUCCCGCGCUCCUACCCAGCUGCUUCCAUUCCAGCAGCUGCUGUGGAUCCAAAGGGUCCCGCCCUCCUCCUUCCUUCCAGACGAGCUUGCCCUCGCGCUGCGCUGUCUGCUGCACGACCUGCAACUGCGCCUGCUCGAGAGCCAAUGGGAGUCCGCCACCUGGCGCCUGCCGCUGCUUCCACUGGGGAAGCGGGCAGGCAAGGGUGCUGACGUGGGACCAGCUGCAGCAGAGCCCCUCACAUGGACAGCCACAUCAGGCUCUGCUCGCUUCUUCCAGGCCUCGCUCUCUCUUCUCUCUGCCUCUCUCAUAGCGGACAUGGGGGGAGCAGCAGGGGGGCCAUGGGGGGGCGGAGGGGCGACAGUGGCGGAUUGUCAGGUGCAGCGGGGGCAGCUGCUGCUAGCAGUGGCUGGGGUGGGGGCGCUCUGCAGUGCUCCUGCCUCCCCUCGCCUAGACCAGCACGUCUCCCUUGCUGUGGCAGCGCUUUCUCAGAUCAUAGCUGCCCACACUGCCUGCUUCCCAGAGUCCCUCCGCCCGUCGCUCGCUCACGAGCUCUCCUCCAUCACAUUCAAGGGCCACAAGCUCGCAGCACAUGACAUGGAGCCUCUUCAUCGCCUCCUCGCCUCCACCUGUCCACACCCUCUCGCCCUCUUUUCCUCCCACCUGCUGCUGCCCGCACUCUCCUCCCUCACUGACGCUCUCCGCGCCAGGGAGAUGCCACACACGCAGGGGCUGCUUCAGCCCGAUUCUUCAGAGGCCCUAGCUCAUUUAGGCAGUGCCUGGCUGCGAGUGGGCUGUCUGCGCCUGCACCUGCUUCUUCCCCCGGGGGGAGUGGACCCCACGUCCAAGUACCGCCAUGCGCUCUCGCACUUGGAGCAGCAGCACACCGACCUUUCCCUUCAACUCAAGCUGCACGAGUGGCUGGCAGCAGUGGGCACGGACGGCAUCACACACCACCACAGGGCCGCACAGGCAAUCGCCCUGCAGCUGGAGGAGGUUUCCAGGAAGCUGUGGGCGGCACGCGCCAAG